AUGCUACAGAAACUCGUCAUGCUACAGAAACUCGUCGUGCUAAAGAAACUCGUCAUGCUAAAGAAACUCGUCAUGCUACAGAAUCUCGUCAUGCUACAGAAACUCGUCAUGCUACAGAGACUCGUCAUGCUACAGAAACUCGUCAUGCUAAAGAAACUCGUCAUGCUACAGAGACUCGUUAUGCUAAAAAAACUCGUCAUGCUACAAAGACUCAUCAUGCUAAAGAAACUCGUCAUGCUAAAGAAACUCGUCAUGCUACAGAGACUCGUCAUGCUACAGAAACUCGUCAUGCUACAGAGACUCGUCAUGCUAAAGAAACUCGUCAUGCUACAGAUACUCGUCAUGCUAAAGAAACUCGUCAUGCUACAGAAUCUCGUCAUGCUAAAGAAACUUGUCAUGCUACAGAAACUCGUCAUGCUACAGAGACUCGUCAUGCUAAAGAAACUCGUCAUGCUACAGACACUUGUCAUGCUAAAGAAACUUGUCAUGCUACAGAAACUCGUCAUGCUACAGAGACUUGUCAUUCUACAGAGACUCGUCAUGCUAAAGAAACUCGUCAUGCUACAGAAACUCGUCAUGCUACAGAGACUCGUCAUGCUAAAGAAACUCGUCAUGCUACAGAGACUUGUCAUGCUACAGAAACUCGUCAUGCUACAGAAACUUGUCAUGCUACAGAGACUCGUCAUGCUACAGAAACUUGUCAUGCUACAGAGACUCGUCAUGCUAAAAAGACUCGUCAUGCUACAGAAACUCGUCAUGCUAAAGAAACUUGUCAUGCUAAAGAAACUCGUCAUGCUAAAGAAACUCGUCAUGCUAAAGAAACUCGUCAUGCUAAAGAGACUCGUCAUGCUACAGAAACUCGUCAUGCUACAGAAACUCGUCAUGCUAAAGAAACUUGUCUUGCUACAGAAACUCGUCAUGCUACAGAAACUCGUCAUGCUACAGAGACUCGUCAUGCUACAGAAACUCGUCAUGCUACAGAAACUCGUCAUGCUACAGAGACUCGUCAUGCUAAAGAAACUUGUCAUGCUAAAGAAACUCGUCAUGCUACAGAGACUCGUCAUGCUACAGAGACUCGUCAUGCUACAGAAACUCGUCAUGCUACAGAAACUCGUCAUGCUACAGAGACUCGUCAUGCUACAGAAACUCGUCAUGCUACAGAAACUCGUCAUGCUACAGAGAACCAACUUCAGAAGAAAUUGA